CACGGUCUGGGCAUUUCGCUUUGGCCAAUGACCGAAUAAAAUGCUCACUCCGCGACGUGGGUAUUUCACAUUGUCCACAUCGCGAAGUGGGUACAAAUUUCGGACAUUGUCCGAAUUCAGAGUUUGAGUGUAACAUAUAUAUAUAUAUCAAUUUGGUAGCCCCCUAAGUUAUCAAACACUUUAGUUGAUGGCCCCAAUAGUACGGAUAAUUGUUAUGCUCAACCGUUAUCAGUCACUAAUGCAGAGUAUGAGCAUGCUUAGUAGGCCUACGAUUGUAACCAAGAUCAUGUAAAAAGAUAAUAACACAGUACCGUAUGCCUAAAUAGGUUUAGGUAAAUUAUUGAACCAUGGAUCAACAGGAGGCUGACUUAAAACAACUUUUCCCUAAUCUCGUUAUCUACUUAAGUGCAAAAGAAGAUAAGAAGUUGUUUGGGUCAUUGUCAGCCAGUUUUAAAGAAUUUGGUUAUGGCCUUCUCUUAAAAAAGAGAGAGACGUUCUUUGACGAAGUGACAGGCCAAGAAGAGUGUUGGUGUGGUAUAAUGCAAGGUGGACUACAUUCCCCUGAGACUCAGGUCUUACUGUCAGAAGGAACUGGUAGACUGCAUUGCGAUGCCGAAGAGAAAGCUAUUCAACGUUUGUUCGACAAGCUGCUAGACUCGUUUUAUGUUAUUUGGAAUAAUCCAGAGUAUAUAAACAAGAACCAAGUUCCGGACUGUGCUCUCAAUCCGGAUCCUAACCUUAAACAUAUUUAUCGUACAGUUUACUUGAAAAAGAAUUCUGAGGGAACUGAGUUCCCCAAGCCAGUGACAGGACCGGUUGACUAUGUUGAAAACUACAACAAACUGAUGAGUUACAUCCAAUAUCACAUCAAGAACGGAACCAAAGCGGAUCUUUUUGUUCUGAACAUCGUGAAAGAUGACAGAGCUGCUAUCAGAAAAGUGUGUCAGAAGAAAGGAAUGACACUCACCCCUCUAGUGGGCUGCUCCAACAAGGCAGUGAAGUUACAUUAUGUAACACCAACGAACGCUUUACUACGGGGUCUCUUGAAUGACGGUGGCCAGAACAUCAAAUGUCGUCUGGUCGGACCACGAGACAAAUAUGCUGAUAAUUUUGAAGUAAUGCAAAAGGUAGCUGUUAUACCCAAAGCCAUUGCAACAGGUACCUUAAAUGAAGACUCAACCGCAGAUGAAGGUGAUAUCGUGAUUAGCCCUUGGAUUGCUGAUAACUUUAUUCUCAUGGAUUAUUUCACGGAAUGGAACGAGCUGGUGAACAAGAGAGAAAUACUCUUCUGUUCGGUGAGGGAUAACCCUGACACGGAGGAGUUUAUAAUAGAGAAGAAGAGAAACCAUGUCGGAUUGAUUUUUUUUGAAGCAAUGAUUGACAGAAAUGUCGUUGGCAGAAGUAGAGGCUUUGGACAAAGAGCAGGAAAGAUGAAAGCAGUUGAAAAUGCAAUUGUGAACCUAAGUAAAUGCUGUUAUUCAAUUAAGGCAAAGAAAUCUUAUUUUGGUACAACACGAGAAACACCUGAUUUUCUUCUAAACCCAAACGCCAAACGCCAGACCAAUCUUUACAGGAUUGCAGGCAAACAAUUCGGAACACCUCUCCACAUUAUAAAAAACUUCAAAAAGUCUUGUCACGAAGAUCUGUAUUUUAGUGAUGAAUACACCGGAGAAGAAAGGAAGCAAAUUUCUGACAUGGCAAAGCAGAUGGGUUUGUUCAUCAGAUGGAUUGGAACGAGUCAUAUUCUGUGUGUCUACAAAAAGAGAAAACCCAAAGACAUACUUGAGGAGCUCUUAAUCAAUGCUAAGAUUAAUGAGAAAUAUAAACUCAUCAGACCACCAUCAAAAUCCUGUAAUGGAAUUAAAACUACAAACAUGGGUAGGCCUAUCGAGGAAAUGCCUCAGAGGCCACAAGAAAUGUCCCAAAGUUCACCAGAAUUUUCCCAGAGGCCACAAGAAGUGCACCAAAGUUCACAUGAAUUUUCCCAAAGGCCACAAGAAGUGCCCCAAACUUCACAAGAAUUUUCCCAGGGGCCACAAGAAAUGUCCCAAAGACCACAUGCAUUUUCUCAGAGGCAAGGACAAGGAAUGCCCCAAAGACCACAAGGAAUGCCCCCAAGACCACAUGCAUUUUCUCAGAGGCCACAAGGAACGCCCCAAAGGCCACAUGCAUUUUCUCAGAGGCCACGAGGAAUGCCCCAAAGGCCUCAUGCAUUUUCUCAGAGGCCACAAGGAAUGCCCCAAAGGCCACAUGCAUUUUCUCAGAGGCCACGAGAAAUGCCCCAAAGGCCACAUGCAUUUCCUCAGAGACCACAAGGAAUGCCCCAAAGACCACAUGAAUUUUCUCAGAUGCCACAAGGAAUGUCCCAAAGCCAAUUCUACAAUCCACAAGCCAACAGCGGUCAAAAUUCUCUCUUUCUUGCAAAAACAGAGACAAAAGUCUCAAAUCAACAAACUCCAGGCAGUGAUCUAGGAAGUGUGUCAGAGUCACUUGGAAGUGACAACGAACCAAGUUGGGUUAUGAAGUUUAUAGAGUCGGCGCCACCAGACCCUCCCAAAAAGCCCCAAAACAAAUGUGUCACCUUAACAAAUCCUCAAAGAAAAAGAGAUGACGUGUAUAACAGAUUUCAUUUUUUUGCACCCAAACCAAAAGUUGUUUAUACACCAAAAUCUAAUCUCCAGGAAAUUCAACCGGAGCCAAAAGAACCACUGGAAACACAUAUUGACGAUGAAGAUCCAGACCAGAAGCUCAGCUUGAGUGAGCGUUUAUCAAAAGUGUUGCAAGGUGGUCAGCAAAACGUAACAACUUCAAAUACAACCAUUAAGAGGGAGCAUGAUCAGGGAAUUAGUGAUGAAGAGGGCGGCGAACCUUCAGCAAAAUAUAACAAGCCAUCUCUAGAUAAUCGUGGCUUUAGUUUUUCUGGUGACCAGAGAAGACUCACUGAGAAUCCAAGAGAUUUUCAAAGCAAUAGUUCUUGUGGAAGGAUGAACUCGAGCAUGAAUAGAGAAACACCAAACAGUUUUUCUGAUGACCAAAGAAGAUAUUCUGGGGAUUUUCAACAUAGUAAUUCUAAUGAAACAAUGAAUUCAAUCAUAAAAAGUGAAACUUCAAACAGUGUUUCUGAGGGUCAGAGAACUUUAUCAAGGGAAACUCCUGGUACUAGUAACGUCAACUUUAAAUCCGAGGGACGAUCUAGUACUGAUGAUUACAAUAGAUCUUAUGAAGACUCUUACGUCAAAGAUGAGUAUGACUCCCAACAUAGUUCAUACUCGAGAUUUGGCGCUCACGAUACUUCACAGUAUAGAAAUCCUUAUGAUGGUCCAAGAGUCAAGCCAGACGUUGAUGGUGGUGACUUAUUUUACAGGAGACAAGAUUCUAGAGACGGAGAUUCUGGUGUUCACAACACUGCACAGCAUAACGCUGAUGAAGUUCGGGCGGCAAAUAUUGAAAAAGAUUCUGACAAUCUGUUCUACAGAAGGCCACAAUUAAAUGAUAAUGUAAAUCAAAAUCAACUUUGGGAUAAUAAUACUAAGCAGCAAUAUGACCAAAUACCAAAACCAUCGACUGGUCCCAAAGAUUUGACAAGUCUCUUUGACAUACCUGAAGACAGAAGAUCUCAAGAGUUCAGACCCGUUUCUCCACCGAAAUUUAAUCGAUACAGAAUGAAUCGCAGGUCCAAAGGACACAACUUUACCAAACUGGCGAAAUACGGAAAUAAUCGAGGAAGGCCUUACUGAACGCUUGGAGAUUGCAAAACAAAUCACUUAAAUAUAAUAGGAGUUGUAUUUAUUUCAAGAUUUUUUAUUUAUAAUUUAAUGUACAUUGUAUAUAUUUGUUUAGCAUUCAAACUGAUUGUUUUUACAGUAGUUUUCACUGAGAGAAUACUAUUAUGUCUUUGUUGUUUUUACUUUAUAGUAUAAUAGGAUAGGUCUGAGUGUACAAAGUUUUAGAAAAUAGGUUGUAUAGGUAGAAACUAGAAAGUAAAACAAAAAUUGUUAUACAGUUGAGGAAAUACAUAUAAAAUAUGUACAAGUUCUGUGAGAUGGUAAAAUCAGUAUUUUGGCCUAUUUAAUUGGUCGGGUGUAAAUGCGCCUUUUUACUUGACUAUAGUAAAACGCAGGUAAGAUUGAGGCAGAACCAGUCGACUGUGACUGAACUAAUGGUCUUAUCCCUUGAGUCAAUUGUGCAUGGCAUGGGGUGGCUGAGGCAGAUGGUGGGUUGGUCAGCGAGUCAUAUUUCUGGCUCUACUAUCUCUGUGUAAUAUUUUUUAGUUGAAGAAAUUAUAAAAACCCGAUGGUAUAGACAAAUGUACUUAAAUUUCUUCAUUUUGAUACCAAAUUUUAAGUGAAUCUGUGAAUCUUUACAGAGUGAUAACAUUAGGUAUUAGCAUAUAGAAAUGAUACUCCCUUAGUAGAUUUCUCAUCCUUAGGGAUCAGCUGAAGACAAUUUCACUGCUUGUUCCGCCACUAGGAUCGUGUUUUUGUUUACAAUUUGUUUAUUGUUAUUUCUUUACUUAUUUAAAACCUCUUUUUCCCAAUGUUCAAUUAUAAACAAUAUCUCAUCUUCCCAUUACAUAACCAAACAGUAAAGCACAAUUCAUAAAAUUAGCCCAUCAUAAAAAUAAUAUCAACAACAUUUCAUAGACACUAGUGCCCAGUGUCAUCAACAAGAUUGAGCUUCAAAUUUUACAAUGGAAUGAGAAGUCUACUUGUGUUGGUUAGUCUAUGGUAUUGGUAUGAUAAAGCAUCAGAGAAUAACAAGUUAAAAUUCACCGAUUUACCUCAAAUUUGGUAUCGCAAUGAACAGGAGAUCUACCUGAGCAGCUCUAAGUGUGCACAAUAGAAAAAAAAACAAAAUACAAUAGAACAAUAGAAAACACACAAUACAAUAGAAAAGGGUUAAGACUAAUGGGGUUUGACUGGUUUCUCUCCACUCUGACCUGCAUUUUACUUUAGGGCCAUAGGUUGCUUUGCUACCCUCUACUGUUAAUAGGAAUUUCUUUAUUUUUUUUUUGCCUAGCAGUGAUGGUCUUAACCCUUUCCGCUCAGUUCGUCAUGGCCGCACAAACUCUAAUGUCGGGCCGGGCCCGCCCAUUAAUAUGACAACGUAGGCCUAUUAUGCUUGUAUUUUGAUUUUUGAAAUUUUAUAUUUUUUAUUUUUUGUAAGUAAGUUAUUUAGUAAAAGAUUACCAGCCUUCUAUAAAUCAAGACAAUAUAUUUAUUUUUUUUGUAAACAAAUGAAAUAUGAAAAUUUGGCUCAAAUUAAAUGGAGCUGGUGAGAAAAUAUGCCUCCCGUAAUUGGAGAGGAAAGGGUUAAAGAUAUAAUUGAGCGGAGCGAAGCUCUUGUACUACACUCCUGCUUUUGUUUUACAAAUACUCCUCCUGAAAGACUGAAGCGAUCUGCAGAAAUUUAACAUUGGCCUUUAGGGUUAAUUGGUCACCAUGACAUUUUUUGCGAGAUAAAUAGAAAGGUAAAUAAGAAUUGCAACAUGUGUUAGUCAACGGAUCAUCUAAAAUAGCACAUUACAAAUACCGUACAGAGAAAAAGGGAAGAAAAAUUGAAUUAAUAGCAUGGAGCAUAUUUUACUACAAAAUGAAUAACCAAUAAUUAGGGUCGCCGAAAUUAGGCUGAUGCACCAUUGACUUUAAAUACUCUAAAUAGCCAUUCCAUUUAUGUGAACCAAAUAUAGGCCUACCAUUGAGUUUGGAUACUGCAAGUAGUCUUUCCAUUUUUGUGCACUAGAUGUACCAUUAAUGCAGACUUUGAAUAGGUACUGCAAAUGUAAAUUCCGUUAAUGUGAAGAAAAAAAAACUAUUUAGUUUGGAUAUUGCAAGUAUACAUUCCCUUGGCGUAAACCAGUAAUUAUCAGUCCAGAAGAAUUGUCUGGAGACUGCAAGUAGACAAUUGCGGUAAUUUACAUAAUCCAAAUAAAUGUGCCAUUGACUUUGGUUCCUGCAAGUAGAAAAUUCAUUUACGUGAACCAGACUUGUAAUUGACAUUGGAUACUGCAAGUCUAUAUCUCAUUUUUUGGAAACAGAUGUAGCAUUGACUUUAGAAAAGUAUUGGAUUAAUUUAGCUCCCCGCUCAAUAUUGCAAGCAGACGAUUGCAUUGUAAACUAUUAUUGAAUAAACUGCUUUAAAGAAUCAAGUGCUUUGAUUAAAAUGAACAAUAAUUGAAUUGUUUUACUUUUUUGGAAAGUGAUAAGAGUUGAGCUAUCUUAACUAAGAAAAUUAAAUUUCAGGGUGUUAGAGUAGAUACACAAUAUACCAUCGGUAUUUAUCUUGCCGCAAUGUCCUUCAAUAGUACAUUUUACAAUAGGACACAAAUGUGACGAUUUUUACUCAGAAGUACAAUUUUGUAUAAGGUUUACAUGUGAAGUGCUAUGGGCCUGAGAGAUUAAUGUACCCUCUCCACAUUCUUUGUGGGAGAUUUUUUCUCUUCCUUCCUUCUCCCCCCUCCCCCCUCUCACAAACCGUAAAACCUCUUGGGGCCCUGUUUUGUAAGAUUAAAUGUUUGUGUGAUGUGAUAUAAAUAUUAUAACUUUAAGUCAACAUAAAGUUAUAGCUAAAUUAUUAAAAUUAAUUUGUAAUUAA